UGGACAAUAAAAAAAAAGCAAUACACAAGGCUUUAGACCUUGGGUUGAAAAAUAAAAAGCCACAAACUGUAUAGUAUAAAGACAUCAUUGGGACAAUUGAUGAAGUUUGAUUAUGAAGCAGUUAUUGUAACAAUGUAAUAUUCCAUGACUGUGAUAAUUGUAUUGUGAUCACUUAAGUAAUACCACUGUGGACACUAUUUAGGGUAUCUAGAGUUUUUGGAGUGAUAUGUGAUGUUUUCAAUUUAUUACCAAAUGGUUAAGAAAAGAGGAAGUAUCAGAGAGGGAGAGCAGAAAAUAUUGUAAAAAUGUAAGCAGUUGGUGGAUCUAAAUAAAGGACACAGAAGUAUUCAUUGUACUAUACUUCACAUUUUUCUUAGGUCCAAAUUUUUCAAAACAAAUGGUUGAAGGUGAAAAUCAGGGUGUGCAAAAGGGCAGAAACCACUAAUGAAGUCAUCCCUCACUCUUUGUAACCUCCAUUAUCUUUGGAAACACCUCUGGGACCUGGCCUGGGUAGUGAGCUCCAGACACUACCUUUUCAUUUCCAGUAUCCUGGCAAGUGCCUAGAACAUGUAGUCAUAAAAGGUACACAAAGCACCCCAGUUCUCAGGGAGGAAGGGUUCAGUCAACUCCAGGUUCAGAAAAACCAGGAUGGUAGCCCUGGAUAUUAAAUUUUCCAGGCCUUCAUGUUGCUGGAAAAACCAGAUAUGGGCUACAACAGCAUCAACAGGGGCGACACCAGGGCUUGUUCUCUAGCUGUACACUUCUGGCCUCACCUGCCUUCUUGGCAGUCCAGGGCAAAAUUUGCAGGGUUGUAUUUGCUGCUGUCCCUCCUCUUGACAUUGUUCCUGGAGGGUCUAUGAACCUCAAGAGUCUGGAAGACAGCAGUUGGCCAGAGGGGCUGACCUUCAGCAUGGCUACACCCUCUACCACCUAGAUCCUGAAAUCAGAAGACAGCAGAUGGCAAGUCUGAACUGCAAUUCCACGUCCACUCUGCCAUUCAGCAUAGCGUUCUUAGGGGCACAUGGUUGGCAAGGUGAAAUACUCCCUACUGGAAAACUAUCUGAAUCCACAAGUUGGGAACGUAGCAGCCUGAGCUACACUGCUACACACAGCUAGACACACCCUUGCCCUUAGUCUCAGUUCCACCAAAGCACAGAGGAUUUCCUGUUCCUUUUCCAUGAUUUCACAAGCUGCUUGCUCGCUCUUGGGCUCCCAUUAGAAGGCUUUUUAUCCUGCCAGAAGCCAGACAGCUGACUCCAGUUUCUCCUGGUCAACACCAUGGCCAGGACCCUUAGUGACCAUCUGCUGAACACUCUGGAGGAGCUUGUGCCCUAUGACUUUGAGAAAUUCAAGUUCAAGCUGCAGAACACCAGCCUGGAGAAGGAGCAUACCCGGAUCCCUCGGGGCCAUCUCCAGAUGGCCAGACCAGUGAGGCUGGCCACCUUGCUGAUCACCCACUAUGGGGAGGAAUAUGCUGUGCGGCUUACUCUGCAGGUCCUGCGGUCCAUCAACCAGCGCCUCCUGGCAGAGGAGCUCCACAGAGCCACUGGCAAGGAACUUGGGACACAAGAAAGUUACACUGACAUUUUGGCAACGUCUUCUGGGGAGAACAAGCCCAAAAGCCUGAAGGUACCAGAUGGCCCAGCAGGUAAUGGGCAGCGGCAAAGUGGCGAUGGGGCAGCCAGCCUGCUGUCCAGCCAGACUGAGACCGUGAAGGGACCUCAGAAGAAGUCUCAGAGCAAACGAAGGGACCUGAAGGGCCCUGAGGACCCAGAAAUGCAGAGUAAGCUGCUGGCUAGGAGUGCAGCACUGCCAGCCAGGAGAAGCCCAGUGCCCACCCAGUCAAAGCUCGGGAACAAGGAGAGCAGAACCAGUACACAGCUCCGGAGGAAUGCCAGCUCGGCAGGAAGGCUCCAGGGGCUCUUUAGUGGGGCCCUAGGGAGGAGAGACUCCAAGAAAAUGGAAAUAUAUUUGCCUUCAGGAAAAAAGAGACCCAAAAGUCUUGAACUUUCUUCAGAAAAGGAAGAACCCCCAAAUCCAGAAUCUCUUCUCACCUCUCUUGAGGAAAUGAGAAAUGCAAAGGCAGACUUAGCAGCCACCUCCAGAGUAGGGGCUACUGCGGAUCUGGAGAAUGGCUCCAGGGAUCCAGAAUAUUCCAUGGUCAUGGAGGUGGGUAUAUCCAGGAUCAAACUUUCUAGUACAUCUUUGGCUAGAGAAGAAAAAUCUACAGCAUUCUUCGAGGAAGAUGGAGCUGGGCAUCCAGAGACUCUGGGAAGGAUGGCAGGUGGUCUGUUUCACAAGCCCUCAAAUCCAGAAGUACUUUCAUUUUCAGGAAGGCCACAAGAGGAGGCUGCAUGUUUCCUUGACCAUACCCAGGAAGGAGAUUUACUUGGUCGUACCUGUGUGCAUGGUAACUGCAGCUGUCCUGUUGUUUCUGGAGACUCUAAGGUCUUGGGCAACAGCUUGCCCAACUGCCCCAAGUGCCAGGCUUUACUGGCAAGGAAGAAAUCUGGAGGUGUGAGUCCCCAGGCCCUGCCACAGUGCCAGCGCCACAUGAAACAAGAACUGCUGCUCUUCUGUGAGGACCACGGAGAGCCCAUCUGCCUCAUCUGCAGGUUAAGUCAGGAGCACCAAGGCCACCGGGUACGUCCCAUUGAGGAGGCUGCCUUGGACUACAAGGAGCAAAUUCAGAAACAGCUGGAGCAUCUGAAGGAGCUGAGAAAAUCUGGGGAGGAGCAGAAAUCACAGGGGGAUAUGAAGAUAGCACGCUUCUUGAAACAAACUGAAACACAGAAGCAGAGGGUCCGGUGCCAACUGGAGCAGCUAUAUCGGUUUCUCCAGCAGCAGGAACAGCUCUUUCUGGCCUGGCUGGAGCAGCUGGACCAAACCAUUGGCCAGGUCUGGGAAACCUAUGGCACCCAGGUGUCCCAGGACAUUGCCCUCUUUGAUGAGCUCAUUGGAAAGCUUGAGGCCAAGCAGAGACAGUCAGAAUGGGAGCUCAUGCAGGACAUUGGAGUCACUUUGCACAGGGCCAAGACAGUGACUGUCCCUGAGCCAUGGGCCACUCCUCCAGAGGUGAAAGAAAAGAUCCACCUGCUAUACCAGAAAUCAGAGUUUGUGGAGAAGAGUAUUAAGUACUUCUCAGACACACUGCGAACUGAAAUGGAAAUGUUCAGUGUUCAAGAACUGACUGGUGCUCAGGCACAUGCCGUUAAUGUGUUCCUGGAUCCAGCAACUGCCCAUCUAAACCUUGUCUUCUCUGAUGAUAUGAAGAGUGUGAGACUCGGAAGCAAAUGGGACAGGCUGCCUGACAGCCCAGAAAGAUUUGACAGCUGCAUCUUCACCCUGGGCUCUCCCAAAUUCUUCUCUGGCUGCCAAUACUGGGAAGUGGAGGUUGGAAACAAGACUGCCUGGGUCCUGGGAGUAUGCCGUGCUUCCACAAGCAGGAAGGGGAGUGUAACUCUGACACCAGAGAAUGGUUACUGGGUGGUCAUGAUGAUGAAGCCAAAUGAAUACCAGGCAUCCACCAUUCCUCCAACCCACCUGCGAAUGAGUGAGCCCCCCAAACGUGUGGGCAUUUUUCUGGACUGGAAGACUGGACACAUUUCCUUUUAUAAUGUGACAAUCAGAUCCCAUAUCUAUACAUUCACCACCUUCUCUCCCGCUGGGCCCCUUCAGCCUAUCUUCAGUCCUGGAACACACGACGGGGGGAAGAACACAGGUCCCCUGACCAUCUGUGCAGUGGAUGGCCGGGGGCCUCACUGAAUGCCCAACACUGUACCUCUACACCAUCUCCUGGCCUUGCAUCUGACAUUCAGGCACUCGGCAGUUACCAAUUAAAUAUCUACUGUGAGCCAGCUACUGCUGUAGGGAAGACAAGGAAUAAGAAAAUCCUCCCA